CAUAGCAUAUUUUGAAUGGCACGAACAAAAACGAAGCGUCCGCCAUAUUGAUGAAUAUUGUGUUCACAUAUAAUUUUUUCGCAUAUGACGACAACGCAACGAACGACGACUACUACCAAGAGUCAAAGCAUACAGUACAUUUUUGUUGCGGCCACAAGAAGAGAAAGAAGAAAAAUUAUUUGGAAAAACAAAGGAAAUAUAGUUUUAUAAAAGAAAAAUUGGAAAAUAUUUUUUAUUGAAAAUCGAGAAAAGUUAAGCAAUAUUAUGUGAAGAAAGGUGCAAAAUUAAACAACAGUGUGUGUUUGUGCGAUAACUUGAUUGUUGGUUUUUUUUUCUCGAAAAGAAGAAGCAAACGAAAGGCAAAGGGAACAACUUUUUGUUGUUGAUGGACGGACGGACAGGCAGUCGAAAGUGAAAAUUAAAUAAUUUCUUCGAAAAAAGAACAAAACGUGUUGAAAAUAUUCCAACUUCUGGUCGGCCAGCGGUUACUGUGUGCCUGGCUAGCUUUUAAGAACAAUUCCAAAAAACUAUGAGUGAGGCUAUGGCGGCGAUGGCUGGAGGGAGCUCCAGCUUAGAAAUGGCAUCGCCAUCCAAUGUGGCUGACGGCAGCAAAGCUGUUAGCUAUGAAUUCCAUUCGAGCAUCUCAGAAGAAGAAAAACGUUUUUAUCUCAAAGCCUAUCCAACGGUGGACAUUGUACGUGAUCGUAAAGUUCAUUGUACAGUAUGUAAGACACAUAUUGGAACAGCACCCGUACAGGAGACUGGAAUUAAAAUGCAUCCAAUUCUAAGGGUUACACAUUGUUUGAAAUGUCACGAUUUUUAUAAUAGCGGCGAAUUUAGUAAGGGCGAAGAUGGCUCGGAAUUGUAUUGCCGUUGGUGUGGUCAAGGUGGCGAGGUAUACUGCUGUUCCAGUUGUCCCUAUGUCUUUUGUAAAUCUUGCAUUGUCAAGAAUUUGUCUCGUGGUGUGGUGGCCGAUAUUGAACAGAAUGAAAAUUGGAAUUGUUUCAGUUGUGCCCCGAAAAUCUUGUGGCCACUGAGGGCACAGCAUUGGGCACUAAUGAAUUACAUAGAACAGCAAAAGAAAGAAGCCUAUGCCAUGAAUCUGAGCGAACAGGAAUUAGAUCAAUUUCUCCGUCGUGACCGUAGUAAAUGUUGCCGUUUGGCCAAAGCAAAGUGUGGCAAUAUGUCUGAUUCUAUGGAAAGUUUAGAUUCAGUGUUAUCCAAGCGUAGUCAAGGUUCUUCGGGCUCAGCAAAGAAAGCUGCAAAACAUGGAACAACGCCCUCACCACAACAGCCCAAUGCUAAAAGACCGAAAAACAAUGAUGAAGUGGUUUGCACACCUGAUUUACUUAGCAUGUUGGAACCGGAUUGCCAGAUUACCGUCUCACAGAAAAAUAAUGGUGGCACUCCUCAGCGACCUUUGUCCACACAAUCCGGCCCAUCGCCCAGAAUUAUAUCCAUACAACAAUCGCCGAACAGCUUUGGUGGUCAAAGCGUGAGCAGUUCUACACCCAAAACUUCGGCACCGCCGCCUUUGUUGCUGAGAAAUACUGCCAUAAAAUUAAGACCAGCUACUCAGCCACCAAUUGUACGUCGUACUGUCAUUGGCCCGCGGGCACCUGCACCGGGUGGAAAUACCGCUCCAGUGUAUCAUACCAUUAAUGGUUAUCGCAUUGAUUUGAAUUCGGCUGCACAACAGGAGACAUUCCGUUUGCCCAAUGGCAAACUGAUUCAGGUCAAGAGACAGGGUCCGCCUCCGGGCUCCAAUCAGGCGCCAACAACUAAUUGGCAACAAAUGUCCCAACAACAGCAACAACAAAGGGUGGUGCCACAAACAAUUGCCUCUAGGCCAGUGCAAAUUACCGCACACCCGUAUCCGGGACCGAAUGCCAUUCAAACACCUGGCCAACCGCAGGUGGUGCGUUAUCAUAAUAACGUCAUUGGUUCUACAACAAUUAAUGCUAUUGCUCACAAUGGGACUCCAUUGCAGGCUAUAAAUGGUCAAAUACCAGCACAGGCACAAGUCGUACCCAAUGCCCCUCAAAUGGCCCCCGGUCAACCGAUUCGUCCUGUUAUGGUGCGUCACAUUUUCCCCGAUACUCCAAUAGGGCAGGCCCGCACCCAGCUCCAGGAACAAGUGUUCAAUGCUAUGGAAAUUUGUACACAUCUAACGAACAAAGUUCAAACAUUGACCAAUUCGAAUGCCUAUAAACAGGCCAAAAAUUAUUUGGAAGUUAAGGAACUCUAUAUACAUUUGUCGUAUUUGCUCACCUAUGCGAUUGGUCGUUUUAAAGGGCUGCAAGAUAAAUGUUUGGCUGAUAUGCGUCAUCUUGGCUUUGGCAAUGAUGCUGAUUGUUUAGAAAAUGGCCAACUGGCAGCAGACAAACAAGCCAGUGAUGAUGAAGAUAAUGAAAUUGAAAUUGUGGAACCUAAAACCGAUCUUAUAACCCUGGAUUCCGAUGAUGAUGAACCUACGCCGACACCAACUGCAACACCAACGGCAGCGUCUAAACCCACACAAACACAGCCACUUAUUAAAAUUCAAAAAUCUAUACCAGCUACGCCACCAACAUCCACAACCAUAGCUCAAAGCCGGGUCGUCAUAACACCCCUACUGUUGAACCAACAAAAAACACCAUCAGCUUCCAACAAUAUUAUGAGUGCCAGGGGUACCUAUGUUCCUCCAACUGCAGCAAAAAUUACUCCAAUCAAAGUUGGCCAUUCCUCGGCACCAAUGCCUCUUCCCCCUCUAGUUCCGGUCACCACCGCCACAACCCCAACCCCAACGCCGCCGAAGGGUGUGCCUAGCGAGGAAGAGGACAACAUGGAUUUAAUGAGUAUGGCUCAAAGUUUUCUGGCCAGCAUGUUGGAAGUUGAUGUCAACGAUGGUUCUUCGCUUAGCAGCUGCGAUUCAACACCACACAAGAAAAAGCAGCCACGUAAGAAAUUGACCAGCAAACCAAAUCCGACGUUGAUUAAACAGAAGGCCAUUAUGGAGCUAGAACGUUUGGAAGAAAUGAAACGUAAUGAUCUGAAGUUGAAAAUGAAAUGUAAGGUGGAAUUGAGUAGGGCUGAAGAUGAAUAUCCCUUCGUCAAAAACCUACUGGAGGCUAAGAAGAAAAAUGAAGAAGAUAUGAAAGUGAAGAACUCGCCGGAUGGUACAACCAUGAUGGUAAAUACAGGCCAGGAGACAGUGGAAGUUCAUUUAGUUAUUGAAGAUGAUCUGCUGAACAGUUCACUUGAGGAGAAAUCCUCUAAGGAGGAGGAACAUGGCAACAGAGAAAAAACGAAAAAUGAGGAACACAAGCGAAAAGCAUCUACCGAAACAAAUCUCGAAGACGAAGAUGGUAAUGGAAAGAAAAAUACUGCAAUGGAAGUUUUUGAAGUAUCUGAUGAUGUGCUGGCAGAUGCCAAAGAAAAUAGUUUAGAAAUUUUAAGACAGAAAGAGGCGAAAGCAUCGAUAGAAGAAGAAAAGUCUAUCGACGAAAAGGCAAUUGAAUCUUCAGCUAAAGAGCCCAAGGAAAAUAGUGAAGAGUUUUCAGUUACUGAAACAAUAGAGAAACUGGUAAAAUCAAAGGAAUCUGUGGUGGAAACGAGUGAAGAGUCUAAAAUGGAAGUUGAUGCUUCCCCAGAAGAACAAUCUCAAAGAUGUGAGGAAGAAACACCAGCAAAGAUUGCAGCCGACAGUGAUGAUGUAGAUGUUUAUAAAGAAAUUGCAAAGGUGUUGCAACGAAAGAGCAGCGUAGAGGAACAACAACAAGAAACAGAGGACACUGUACAGGAGAAGAUAACUGCUGCUGUUGCUAAUACUAUGACCACAACAGAGCAAAAUGCUGAGAAUAAUGACAAUUUAACUCAAGGAGACACUGAGAAAGACUCAAACAUCGAGAAAUGUAUUGAUAGCGCCAGCGAAGAAGUUACCGACGAUAUUUUGCAAAAACCAUCUACCCCCCUUGUAGAUGAAACUAUGGAAAGUGAUGACAUUCAAACGGAUAUUAAUCAAACGCCUACAACAACUCGAGAAGCUGAAAUCUCGUGUAUUGAUGCAACUAGUAAAGAACAAAACACUGCAUAUCCUUCUGUAACAGAAGAAACGCAGUCCGUAACGGAAGAAAAAGAACAACAGAAAAGUACCAGCAAUGGUAAUGUCUAAUUUAAGGGAAAUUCCAGCUGAAUUAUGUUGGACUAAAACAAAAUCAUAGCAUAUACUUUACAUAUAGAUAUAUAAACAAAUAUAUAUUAAGUAUGUCUGAAGUAAUUAUUAAACUAGAAUCGAAUAGGGUUGUAAAGAACGAACGAUUGUAAUUUGUGUUAGCUAUCCAUCAAAAGGUUCAAAAUCAUUUUUUUUCUAAUUUUUUGUUUUUUCAAUGCCAUUAAAGAGUUCUUUAUAAUCCUAUUCUAUGAAAUUUCUAUUAAGUUGAAACAACACAAUACAAAAAAAAAAAAAAAAUAUUUUUUAUGAACCCUUCCUCGUUACACCUUGCAAUCCUGAGAAAAAAUAAUACAAUUAUAUUGUUUUUACUAUCUUUAAAAUUUGCCUUCCUUUUUUACCUGCAGUAACAGGUAUUGAAAAUAUUAAUGAAUAAACUUUUUUUUUGUAUUUAGUUGUAGUUGUAUAAAUUUUGAAUUAAGCGACAAUUUAUUAAAUUUUUAAUUAAUAUUUUAUUUUAAUAUUAAUUAUUUUAAUUUGGAAAUUCUAUACUGAAAUUUCAACAUGUUUAUUCAACUGGUUGUACAAUAUUGAUUAUUUUUUGUAUUUGAUUAUUGAAAAUGCUAAUAAAUUUUGAUUUUGAGACAAUACAACAAUAGCAAAAA